AUGACUAAACCCACACAAACGAGGUCCCGCCACUCCCUUAAGUUCCUGUGCUGGAAUAUCAACCACUCUCGGGACAAAGUUGAAGGAGCCAAGGUUGACAUUCCCGAAAUUCGUGAGCUCUUCGACAACCACGAUAUUUUUGCUCUGCAAGAAACAAAAGGGGAGAUCAACAUAAGUAACUACUGUUGCUUUAAUUCUAACAGGAAGGGAUCAAAUUCAGGAGGGGUAUGUAUAGGAGUACACAAAAGCUUAAAAGCCGGUGUAACCAAUGUUCGUAUGAACUCCACGGAAGAUAUCGUUGUAGUUAAACUGAAAGCUAACUACUUCGACAUAGACCGAAACACCUAUCUUAUCAACGUCUAUGACUCACCCACUAAUGGAUCCUUCAAGAAGCGAAGAAAAGGUCUAGAAACUGAAGACAGUAUGACAACUCUAGAGUAUCUUCAAGAAUUCUUGGCGGGUGUACCGCUCAACGAGGAUGUCAUCCUUCUCGGGGAUUUCAAUGCUAGAACUGGCACCCUGGACGACAUGUUGUCUGACCAUAGUCAAAUGAAAGACACCGAGAUCGACCCCCAUUUCUUUAAACAGUUGGCUAAACGCAAUAACUCAGACCCUAAGCUAAACACGAAUGGGCGACCCUUCAUUGAACUCCUCCAAACGACAGGCCUAGUCAUCCUCAAUGGUAGAACUCUCGGUGAUAUAUUCGGUGAACCCACUUGUAUUCAGCGCCAUGGCGUCAGCACAGUUGAUUACAUUUGCGUCUCAACGAGUCUUCACGACAGAGUCCGCCACCUGAAAAUUGAGAGCAUCUCUCAAUACUCCGAUCACAGGGCGCUAUCUAUGUCAAUAUCCACAAAUCCUUCAAGAAGGAUUUCUACCAGUCUUGAAUCACCAGAUAUCCAAGAUGCUCCUAAAUCUUUUAAAUGGAACAGAUCAGAGAACCUCUCUGCCGAUACAGCAACUAAAUUCCGGCUAGCACAGAGUGAUCAGCCAUUCAAAGACAAAAUGGACUGCCUCCUUAAUCAACCAGUGAAUACGGCAAACGAAGCUGCACAGCUUAAUGAAGACGUAGUCGCAACAUCCCACAAUCUUGCGAAUUCGGUUACUACGACCAAAAGCGGCAAACGCACCAGCAAGAAAAAAUGGUUUGACCAAAGCUGCAAACAUGCUAAAAGGGAAGCCAACAGAGCUGACAGAAAUGCCAACAGUAACCCACACAGCAACUUCCUUCGUGACCAGCACUUUCUCAGAAAAAAGGAGUACCGAAAAAUCAAGAGGACGAAAAAGGGGAAAUUUCUGUACGAGAUGAACCAGAAGAUAAACGAAUGUGGUGAGGUUAACUGGGCAGCGCUCAAACGGCUAUCUGAUCAGUACAAAGAUGAGGAACCCUUCGACAUCUACGAUCUUCUCCUCUUUCACAAAUUCUUCAAUGAUCUCCACAAUCGAAAGUGUGGCGUGAACAAUCACUCCAAGGAUGAUGGCACUUCUACUCCUACGUCCAACGAUUCGCAGCCUAUCAAGGAAUUGGUCAAUGAACUGAAUCGCGACUUUACCUUACAGGAGAUCAAAGAUGCGACUAAAAAACUCCAAAACAAUAAGAGUGUGUCCGAUGACCUGAUAUCGAACGAGAUGUUGAAAAACUCCAAUGAGACACUUCAACUCGUCGUGGUAAAACUCUUUAAUGCCUGCCUCCAGCAUGGAACUUACCCCUGGAACAACUCGAUCACAACUCCCCUCCAUAAAAAGGGUGACCGGCAAAACCCUGAUAACUAUCGGGCUAUUACUAUUGGGAGCUGUCUCGGCAAACUCUUCUCGAACCUUCUCCUUAAACGGCUGAUCGAAUUUAGAGAAACAGCCUGUCCGGACCGACCGUAUCAACUUGGAUUCAGGAGGGGAGCCCAAUGUAACGACCACUUACUCACCUUGAAUACCAUUAUUGAGAAAUACACCAAGAAAGAGAAGAAGCGACUUUUCGCCUGCUUUGUCGACUACCGCAAGGCUUUCGAUAGCGUAUGCAGGGAAGCACUCCUGUUCAAGCUGGGAAACAUGGGCAUAACAGGCAAAUUCUUCGACUGCAUCAGCCACAUGUACAAGAACUCUUCAACCCGAGUCAAGCUGAUUCAAAAGCUAUCCGCAGCCAUUGACGUCACCAUCGGCACAGAACAAGGACACCCAAUGUCUCCCGAGCUCUUCAAACUCUAUAUCCACGAGCUCUCGAUCAGACUUGAACAAAUCGAGGAAUUGGAUGUACCUUUAUUAAACAGUGUAAAAGUAAGUCACCUCCUAUGGGCAGAUGACCUGGUACUCUUAGCGCUGGAUGCGGGCAGCUUACAGAAACUGCUCAAUUGCUUGCAUGACUAUGCUGAAAAGUGGGAGCUGUCUGUGAAUAUCAACAAAACCAGCGUGAUGGUCUUUAACACAAGCUCACGAAUACUGAAAUGUGCUUACGGCUUCAAACUAGGCAACUUGGACAUCGCACCCGUCAGAAAAUACUGCUAUCUAGGAAUCCAGUUCUCCCUGAACGGUUCCUUCAAGCAAGCAAUCGAUGAACUUAGGAAGAAAGCUCUUCGCUCAUUCUUCUCUCUGAGACGAACUAUUGACACGAGAGCCCUUACCACUAGCACGAUGCUAAAACUCAUUGAUAGCUUAGUCAAGCCAGUGGCCACAUAUGGAUGCCCUAUUUGGCUGCCAUCAACCAACAUCGUGAAAGCCAUCCUCUCAAAAAAUCAAGAAGCGAGUCUUCCCAAAGCAGCAGCAAAAGAUGCUCUUGAAACUACUCACUUGAAAAUUCUUAAAUGGAUAUUGGGUGUCCACAAAAAGGCAAAUAACAACUUCUGCUACGGAGAUACAGGUAGAACCCCCUGGACAGUAACCGUCCUCCCUCAAUGUAUUGCCUACUUCUGUAGAGCAUCACAAGCGGUUGUAGGUAACGUGAACACCCUCUUGCACCAUACAUUUCAGGAACAGAAACAACUGAACCUUACCUGGUAUGAUGCAUGGUCUACUAUCAUCAAGACGAGCACUGUCGCUAAGCCACACCUACCCCACACCCUUGCGGCUCGUGAACACAUACACGAAACAUUUGUCAACCACUGGAAGAAGGAUCUUCACAACCAGCCUAAAAUGUCAUUCUACACUGCGGUCAAAGCUGAGUUUGGUGAAGAACUGUACUUACAGAGUUACAGCUCCCAUGCAGGGUCAAAAGAGCUAACAUUGCAAAACUUCGAUCUAGCAGUCACGAUCUGA